AUGACAACAGAAUCAAAGAAAGCUACAGCUCAGGAACUUCAGGAGAAUGAAGGACUUCUGAUAGUGAAGAUAGAGGAGGAAGAUUUUGUCUGGAGGCAGGACACUUGCCUCCAGAGAAGCGAUCCCCUCAGGCAGGAGCUCUGCCGGCAGCUUUUCAGGCAGUUCUGCUACCAGGAUUCCCCUGGACCCCGAGAGGCGCUAAGCCGGCUCCGGGAGCUCUGCCAUCAGUGGCUACAGCCCGAGACCCACAGCAAGGAGCAGAUCCUGGAGCUGCUGGUGCUGGAGCAGUUCCUGACCAUCCUGCCCGAGGAGCUGCAGGCCUGGGUGCGGGAACAUGACCCAGAGAGUGGAGAGGAGGUGGUUACCCUACUGGAAGAUUUGGAGAGAGGCACUGAUGAAACAGUAGUCCAGGUUCCAGUCCAUGCACAUGGACAAGAGAUAUUCAGGAGAAAGGUGGUACCUUCUGGACCAGCACUUAGUGUCCAGUUGCAGCCAGUGGACCCCAAGACCCUUUAUGGUUCUUCAGCACCCCUUCUUCUGGACGGUGAUAAUGAGAGUGAAAACAAUGGAUCCAUGCCAAAGUUGGACAUUUAUGAAGAAAUGGAAUCACAGAGGAUUCUGUCAAGAAGAAUUUCAGGAUUCAUGUCAGAAGGAUCUGCUGAACCUCAAGACAUCUGUAAGUCUGCAGGCAGGUUAAAGAGGCAAUGGGAAAAAGAAUCAGGAGGGUUUCAGAAACCAUCAUCUGCUCCGGAUGGAGGUUUUAGUAAAAUCCUUACCCACAAAAAUACACUGACAGGUGACAUUAGCCAUGAUGGUUGUGAGAGAAGCUUAAACCUGAAUUCAAGUGAACUGACACACCAGAAAUCUUGUAAACACAGUACCUAUGACCAAAGUUUCAAAUGGAAUCCAGAUCUUAUUAAGCAUCAAAGAAUUCAUGCCGGAGAAAAAAUUCACCAAUAUGGAACAUCUCUCAAGAGCCCAAAUCUUAUUAAACAUGCAGCAAUUUUUAGUGGGGAGAAAACCCACCAGUGUAAUGAGUGUGGGAAAGCUUUCAGACACAGCUCAAAGCUAAUCAGGCAUCAGAGAAUCCACACUGGAGAGAGGCCCUAUGAAUGUAAUGAAUGUGGGAAAGGCUUUGGGGGGAGCUCAGAUCUUAUUAGACACCAGAGAAUUCACACUGGGGAAAGACCCUUUGAGUGCAAAGAAUGUGGGAGAGCAUUCAGCCUGAACUCACAUCUCAUCCUGCAUCAGAGAAUUCACACCAGAGAGAAACCGUAUGAAUGUAGAGAAUGUGGGAAAACCUUCAGAGUGAGCUCACACCUCAUUCGACACCUGAGAAUCCACACUGGAGAGAAACCGUAUGAAUGCAGUGAGUGUGGGAGAGCCUUCAGUCAGAGUUCACACCUUCGUCAACACCAAAGAAUUCACAAGAGGGAAAACCUAUAUAAGUGUGAUGAAUGUGGGAGAAGAUUCACUCAAAACUCAAGCCUCAUUAGACAUAAAAGAAUCCACACUGGAGAAAGACCCUAUUCAUGUAAUGUGUGCGGCAAAACUUUCAUCCAGAGCUCUCAACUUAUUGACCAUCAGAGAAUACAUAACCGGUUAAAACCCUAUCAGUGUGAUGAGUGUGGAAAAGCCUUUUAUUACAGUUCACACCUUGUUCAGCAUCAGAGGACCCACACUGGAGAAAAACCUUUCCAAUGCAAUGAGUGUGGGAAAGCUUUCCACUACAGCUCAGGCCUUGUUCGACACCAGAGGACCCACACAGGAGAAAAGCCGUACCAGUGCAGCGACUGUGGGAAGGCUUUCUGUCUGAGCUCACAUCUGAUUCAGCAUCAGAGAGUCCACACUGGGGAGAAGCCAUACCAGUGCAGUGAGUGUGGGAAAAGCUUCAGCCAGAGCUCAGGCCUCUUCCAUCACCAGAGAAUCCACAGUGGGGAGAAACCUUAUGAGUGUGACGAGUGUGGGAAGGCCUUCAGCCACAGCUCAGCGCUGGUGGGACACCAGCGCAUCCACAGCGGAGAGAGGCCCUAUGAGUGUGACGUAUGCGGGAAAGCUUUCGGUUACAGCUCACAUCUCCUGGGACACCGAAGAAUCCACACUGGAGAGAAGCCCUAUGAGUGUGACAUAUGUGGGAAAGCUUUCCGGCGGAGCUCACACCUCAUUGUACAUCAGCGAAUCCACACUGGAGAGGAGCCCUGGGAAAGAAGACGCUAUGCAUGUGAUGACUGUGGGAAAAGUUUCAGUCACAGCUCAGACCUUAGUAAGCACAGAAGGACUCACACUGGAGAGAAACCCUACAAAUGCGAUGAAUGUGGAAAAGCCUUCAUUCAACGUUCCCAUCUCAUUGGACACCACAGAGUGCACACUGGAGUGAAACCCUAUAAAUGUGAAGAAUGUGGGAAGGAUUUUAGUGGGCGCACAGGUCUUAUUCAGCAUCAGAGAAUCCACACAGGUGAAAAACCCUAUGAAUGUGAUGAGUGUGGGAGGCCCUUCCGUGUAAGUUCAGCCCUGAUCAGACAUCAAAGAAUUCAUACAGCAAAUAAACGACAUAAAUGUGAUGAAUGUGGGAAGAGCUUUGCUCAGAGCUCAGGCCUUGUUCGCCACUGGAGAAUCCACACUGGGGAGAAACCCUAUCAAUGUAAUGUGUGUGGUAAAGCCUUCAGUUACAGGUCAGCCCUUCUUUCCCAUCAGGAUAUCCACAACAAAGUAAAACGCUAUCACUGUAAGGAGUGUGGUAAAGCCUUCAGUCAAAACACAGGCCUGAUCCUGCAUCAGAGAAUCCAUACUGGGGAGAAGCCGUAUCAGUGCAAUCAGUGUGGGAAGGCUUUCAGUCAGAGUGCGGGCCUUAUUCUGCACCAGAGAAUCCACAGUGGGGAGAGACCCUAUGAAUGUAAUGAGUGUGGGAAAGCUUUCAGUCAUAGCUCUCACCUCAUUGGACAUCAGAGAAUCCACACUGGGGAGAAGCCCUAUGAGUGUGAUGAGUGUGGGAAAACCUUCAGGCGGAGCUCACAUCUUAUUGGCCAUCAGAGAAGCCACACUGGGGAGAAACCCUACAAAUGCAAUGAGUGUGGGAGGGCCUUCAGUCAGAAGUCAGGCCUUAUUGAACAUCAGAGAAUCCACACUGGAGAAAGACCCUAUAAAUGUAAAGAAUGUGGGAAAGCUUUCAAUGGGAACACUGGCCUCAUACAGCAUCUGAGAAUUCACACUGGGGAGAAGCCCUAUCAAUGUAAUGAGUGUGGGAAAGCCUUUAUUCAGAGGUCAAGUCUCAUUCGGCAUCAGAGAAUCCACAGUGGAGAAAAAUCGUAUACAUGUAGUGAAUGUGGAAAGAAGUUUGCUCAGAGCUCAGGCCUUGUUCGACAUCGGAGAAUCCACACUGGAGAGAAACCCUAUGAGUGUCAUCACUGCGGAAAAGCCUUCAGUGUGCGCUCAACCCUCACUGUGCAUGAAAGAAUCCACACUGGUGAGAAGCCCUAUACUUGUAAUGAAUGUAGGAAAGGCUUCAGUGUGAGGGCACACCUGAUCAUCCAUCAGAGAAUCCACAAUGGAGAGAAACCCUAUGAGUGUAAUGAAUGUGGCAAAGCCUUUAGUGUGAGCUCAGACCUUAUCAAACAUCAGAGAAUACACUCUGGUGAAAAGCCCUAUGAAUGUGACAAGUGUGGGAAAGCCUUCAGCGUGAGCUCAGCCCUCAUCAAACAUCAGAGAAUCCACACAGGAGAGAAGCCGUAUGAGUGUAAGGAGUGUGGGAAGGCCUUCUACGUGAACUCCGCCCUUAUUAAUCAUCAGAGGAUUCACUCUGGAGAAAAGCCCUAUGAGUGUGGAGAAUGCAGGAAAGCAUUCAGCCAAAUCUCCACCCUUAUCCAUCACCAGAGAAUCCACACUGGAGAGAAACCGUACGAGUGUGAUGAGUGUGGGAAAGCUUUCCGUGGGAGUUCAAAUCUUACUAAACACCAAAAAAUACAUGCCAAAGGAAAGUGUCUUCAGUGAUUUAUGUGGUGAAGAUAUUCCAAAGGCCUUUUUUGUAUCAGAAGUUAACACCAAAAGAAGGGUAUGGUAAAAGUGUUUUAACUGAUACUUGGUCCCUUAGAAUAUUGAAGAAGUGAGAAGUCAGUGAAAAUGACUCCAGAAUGGUGACUAGUUAAAGUUCUAAAAUCACAUCUACUGAGAAUGCCACUUUACAACUCAGAAGGUAAAGCCAUUUAAAUAUAUACUAUAAUGUAGUUUGUUUUGGUUUAGUAAGAGCAAACGU